AAUGGGCCUUAUAUAAAACACCACUUUCAAUAAAAAAUAUACUACAGACUAAUUUAGAAGGCAAUUUGAUGUUCAUCCAGUCAGUUAAAAAAAGCUUUCCCGAACAACCUUUUUUGGACAUGGUUCAUUCCUUCUUCGUUCGAACCUGGAAGCGGGAGGACGUCGCUUUGCUUUAGUUGAUAUUAAUGAAUGGUAGAAAAGUGAAGUGGCUGAACAGCUAUAAAUGUGCUAAAAUAAGUUAGCGGGAUUUGUUUGUUUGUUUUUUUCAAAUCACAGCAAGAAAAUUGGUUGUCCCGCGACUAGUGUUUGCCGUUGAGCUAACUUGCUAGCGGGCGUUAGCACUUGUCAUAACAGUCCCCCAAGAUGGACACAACGACGUGUUUGAAGUCUCUGCUGCUGGCUAUCCAGCAGUACAGAGACGGCAGGACGGCGCAGCAAGCAGCACAGCUUCAAAAACAGGUGGAGGAAGUUUGGGGCUUGAAAUGCGAGCAGCUGCUGACAUCUGGCAGCGCUCUGACCAGCGAGUGUGUGAGCAUGUUGGUGGAGCUGACUGCAAACCCGCACACUGAGCCCAGCCUGAAAAGCUCCAUCAUCUCUCUGUUGGCGCAGUUAGCCUCUGACAACUCCACCCGGGAGCUUCUUCACAGCAGCUACAACCUUACCAGCACCCUGGCUGCUGUCAUCCACUGCUACAGCAGCACUCCAGGAGAGCCGCUGGUGCUGCAGUGUCUGCAGGUGCUGCAGAAACUGACCUACAACACUCGCGUCUUUCAGUCCAACAGCUGCAUCCACCAGCUCCUGGAGUUCCUCAUGACCAGCAUCCAGUCGCACAGUGAUGACAUCAUCCUGCCGUGCCUUGGCCUCAUGGCCAACCUUUGUCGGGACAACCCUUCGGUUCAGACUCACAUCAAGUCUCUGGAUAACGUGAAGCCGUUCUACCGAACAUUGAUCAACUUCCUGGCUCACAACAGCCUGACGGUGGUGGUUUUCACGCUGUCCAUUCUGGCCAGCCUCACUCUGAAUGAGAAGGUGGGAGAGAAGCUUUUCGAUGCCAAAAACAUCCACCAGACAUUCCAGCUCGUGUUCAACAUAAUCGUAAAUGGCGACGGGACUUUAACCAGGAAGUACGCAGUUGACCUGUUGGUCGACCUGCUGAGGAACCCCAAAAUAGCAGAGCAUCUGACCAGAUAUCAGCACUUCUCGGCGUGUGUGACUCAAGUUUUAGGCCUUCUGCAUUCCAAAGAUGCUGACUCUGCGACAAAGGUGCUGGAGCUUGUCCUGGCCAUGUGCUGCGUCUCCGGCCUGCGCUCGCAGCUGUGCGACGUGGUCUUCAGGCCGGCUGCACCCAAACUCAGAGCUGUGGGCCGAAAGCAGGGUGGGGGCCUGGAGUGUGGUCUGGCUUUGGUGCAGUGGCUGACCUCGCCUGUGGAGGGCGCCGAGUCCUGCUCACUGCAGGUCCUGAGCCUGCUGAACAAGCUACUGGAGGAGUCGCUGGCAGCAGAGAGCGUGUCUGAAUGUGCGCUGAGUUUUGUGGAAAUGCUCCUUCCGGUCCUGCUGGGUCUCCUGAAGAGUUUGGAUCCAGCACAAGGAGACGCGGUCCUCAGGAAGCAUUGCCAGCGUGUCACACAUGUCACCAACCUGCUGCUGACUCUGUGCUUGGAGGAGUCCAGCAGGUCUGUGGUAUCAGCUCAGGUCAGUGCUCAGCUCUGCCUCACACAGGUAGAGACUCUCCUCUCCUGUUGUCAUAGUAACGGCUCAGUCACCCUGCAUCCCCCCCAGUGUGAGGAUGACCUUAGUCAGGUCUGCGCAGAGGCUUUGCUGAAGACUUUAGAGUUAAUGAGCAAACUGAGGCAGCAGGUGAAGGACAUGGAGACCGGCUUCUACAGGAUGUUACAGGAUCAGAGGAUUGUGACUCCCCUCUCUCUGGCCCUGACGUCCCACCACAGAGAGCAUGUGCAGACUGCUCUCGCUCUGCUGCUUGAAGCCACGCCCCUUCCAGACUUCCCCUCAAUGAUAUUAGGAGAAAGCAUUGCUGCCCACAAUGCAUAUCGCCACAGGGAGGCUGAGCUGUCAAUCAAGAGGCUUGCCGUGCAGGAAGUCCCGCCUCCCAGGGUGAACAGCAGCAUGGACACUUCCAGCUCCUCCAAGACUAUCAGCAGUCUGGCGGAGAAGAUCCAGAGUGGGCUGGAGCUGCAGGAGCAAAUGAAGGACUCGCACGUGUCGGACAUCAUUGAGGUCUACGAGCAGAAGCUGGCUGCGUUUGCGUCUAAGGAGGGCCGUCUGCAGGACUUGUUGGAGGCCAAAGCGUUGGCGCUCUCUCAGGCCGACCGUCUCAUCGCUCAGUACCGCCUCCAGCGAGCUCAAGCAGAGGCAGAGGCUCGGAAGCUGGCGAGUCUGUUGAAGGACGCCGAGCGCCGGCGGGAGGAUCUGCAGGGCAAGCUGAGCUGCCAGGCUCUGGAGGUGGAGCGAUCCAAAGCCGACAUGGGAGAGCUGCUGCAGCACAACAGCCGACUGCAGAGGGACUCUGAGGAACACCAGGCUCUGAAAGGAGCCUACAACUCCCUGCUCAACAGGUUUAAUGAAACAGAGCAGCUGCUGAAGGAGCUGCAGACCGCUCACAUUCUUCUCACCAAGCAGAGCGACUCUCUGAAGAAGACCCACGAUGCUCUUCAGCUGCAGCACCACAGGACGGCGUCUGCUCUUCAGGAGAGAGAGGAGGAGAUCAAAGCACUCCAUUUAGAGAUCCAGAGGAAAAACAGCGACAUUGCAGGUCUGCGUGUCAGCCUGCAGGCCGAGGAGGAGAAGGUUCAAGAAAAGGAGACAGAGAGGAGAAACCUGGAGGAGACUUUGGACAUUUUGAGGAAAGAGCUGAACAAAACGGAACAGGCCAGGAAAGACGCCAGCAUUAAGGCUUCCUCUCUAGAGCUGCAGAAGAGUCAACUGGAGUCAAAACUGAAGCUCAGAGAAGAGGAACUGAACAAACACUCUGCCAUGAUCGCCAUGAUUCACAGCCUGAGCAGCGGCAAGAUGAAGAGCGACGUUAACCUGUCACUCUGAGGGGCAGCAGAUGAUUGGCUGAGAAAAUCCUAAUUGAAACACCGUCUUCCAUGAACUUCAGAGGCCUUUGAGAAGACUUUCACAACUGAGGAAGCUUUUUAGAUUUAAUAAAACGCUUAAAGAAUUACUUUUACCCAAAAUUGAUAUUUUAUUGACAUUUUAAAAUCACUUUUUAUUUGACAAAUAAACAGUGGAAACGUCAUUGUGGUCAAACUUCAGAUCCAAGUGAUUUGCUUUGGGUUGAGUUGAUCUUUACAAGCUGGAGCCUCAUGUUGUUCAUAUCUGACUGGAAAAGCAUUUUCAGAACAGGGGGGCAGCUCCCUCUGCUGGUACAAUGUUGUUGGUGCAAUUUCUAAAGAAAACCCAGACUGACAACAGUUCAAGCUUAAACACAGGGGUGGAAUCUUUAGCUUUUUAAAAAGCUGGGCUACUGGGCUGCAUGCAGACGGCCCUAGGUUUUCUUCCGCAGUCCAAAAAUGUGUUUCAUAGCUUACAUUAAAAUGCUCCCUGGAGCUGACUCAG